AUGGCAGCAACUAUUACAGCAAACUUCAAUCCCGACGUUCCUCGGAAAGUAGUCUCCAAAGGACGAGAGGCUCUAAUGAAUUCUGUGGAGGAUUGUCUUUACGGCUCUAUUGCUGGAGUCGCUGGAAAAUAUAUCGAAUAUCCUUUCGACACGGUGAAGGUUCGACUGCAAUCUCAGCCCUACCAUCUUCCUCUACAGUAUACAGGACCUCUUGAUUGUUUCAAACAAUCAAUUCGCAGCGAUGGGAUUCUGGGGCUAUAUAGGGGAAUCAGUGCUCCACUAGUUGGAGCUGCUCUGGAGACCAGCAGUCUCUUUUUCUGGGAGCAAGUCAGUAGAGAAGCGCUCAUCAAGGCCGGGGUAUAUAAAAGUGAUCAACCACUUCCUCUGCAGGCUUUGUGGAUGACUGGUGCACUAUCGGGCGCACUCACUUCGUUGGUUCUUACGCCCAUCGAGUUGGUCAAAUGCAAAAUACAAGUUCCAGCCGCAGCAAACAGUUCAGUUCCUGUUGCUGCGAAAACAGUCUCAGCAGUUAUUCGCGAGGUUUGGCAUCAUCAAGGUAUUCGCGGUUUUUGGAAUGGGCAACUAGGCACCCUGAUCCGUGAAACCGGUGGAUGCGCAGCUUGGUUCGGUAGUAAGGAGACUGUUACUUCACUCUUCCGAACAAUGAACGCCAAAAGUUCUAUUCAAACUCAAUCUCCUAUUUUAUCUACCGAGCUAGCGCCUCUACCCGUUUGGCAACAAGCUCUCGCCGGCGCUUCUGCAGGCAUGUCUUAUAAUUUUCUCUUCUUUCCCGCGGACACAAUUAAAUCCCGCAUGCAAACAGCCUCUACCUCGUCCACAGCACCGCGCACAACAUUCAUGCAAGAAGGCGCUCUUCUCUGGAAACAACAUGGCAUGAGAGGCAUGUAUCGAGGUUGUGGCAUUACAGUCAUGCGGUCAGCACCUAGCUCGGCAUUCAUAUUCAUGAUUUACGACGGGUUAAAGAGUCGUUUCCAUCUCUCUUAA